UAGCGAUGUAAAGGAAGGAAUAACAGACAGCAUGUGAUGCGGCCAUCCUCGCCGAUGUGCGGAGCCCCCGUGUCUACGCAACCCUGCCCAGUGCAGUGCCCAGCCGUGACGACCAGCCAACGCAGCGCGGAAUUCAGCCCCGUUGAGGAUGACUUUCCUGGGGUAAAGAUUCCCGCGCUCUUCUCAAGAUUGGGCCUCCUGAACUUUUCCCUAUCUCGUCCAAGAAUUCCGAUCUUUAGCUCAUCCCUUGUGGAGCCUAGCACUUAAUUCCGACUCUACUACACUGCACUCUUCCCACCACCGUCUACCAACGACAGCAUGACGCCCGAGGAACCCCCCGCCUUCAAUCUGACCGAGGUUGAUCGUCAAGUCCUGGCGCUGACGGACGACGAGUUCAUCCUUCAUGACUGGGAGGAUCUGAAAGCCAUCAUCGCACGCAACGAUCUCGGCAUCCUAAAACGCAAACCCUCCGAUCUAACCCGCUACCUAGCCUGGUCCCACGAAACCAAACUGAAAUACGGCACCAUCACCAACUACAUCUGUCAGCAUCGCUUAGGCUGGGAGAUUCCCCCGUCCUCCAGUUCCAGCAGCAGUACCAGCACCAGCACCCGCACCAACACCCCCUCCACCCAAUCCACAUCCUCCACCUCCACAUCCACAGACCCCAUCUUCCCCUACACCAACCCCAUCCCCUUCGCCCAUCCCGACGACUACAAAAUCCUGCGUAACGAUUGGCCGUACGGUCUUACACCCGAUAUCUCGCAUCUGGUGGUGUGGUUGCGGACUCCGGUGGCUGUGAAGCCGGAGAACGGGGACGUGACGGAGGAGUCGAGGGCGUUGAUUGAGGGGUUUGUGCAGAGGGUGUUUGUGGAGAGGUUGGUGAGGGAGAUUACAGAUGUAAAUGGGGAAGGGGAGGGGGUGGCAAAGGCAAAGGCAAAAGACCAGGUCCUCUGGUUCAAGAAUUGGACGGCGUUGCAGAGUGUCAGGAGUUUGGAACAUAUUCAUGUGCUGGUUCGGGAUGUGCCGGAGAGGAUUCUGGUCGAGUGGACGGGGGAGGGGGAGACGAGACAUUAAUUAGUCUUGGUGUUGAGAUAGGUAGAGGGAGUGGUGAUGAGGAGAAAGUACUACAGGCUCGAAUCCAUAGAAACAAGACAAGACAUAAGAUGGGAAUCUUCGAUCA